AUGCUGACAACAUGCGUUACAGUUUCUAUUAUAUUCGCUAUGCUAAUGUAUGAGAUAUCGUAUUCUGUCAAGGAGACAUUGAACGAGGAUGAUGUAACGACCGUCUCUAGUGUUCGAGACUAUGGACCAGUUAGCUAUGGUAUGUCACGAAAGGAGAACAACAACAUUCAAGAGGCUCUUUUUCCUUUAGCUGGUUCAGAAUUGGAAACUAUGUGA